CAUUCAAAGGUGCAAGUUUAGUCUCGAUAUUUAGUACGGAACAGAAAACGCUGUAUGAGCCACAGCAAAAAAAAGAAACAAAGUUCCUUUCGACUAAAAGAAUAAAUUAUUCUAAUUAUUAAUUGUUUUAAUUGAAUGAUAAAAGCAAAAGGAAAAUGUGGUCGGUUCUAGUUUUUGUGAUACUGUGCCUUCAUAUUGGCUACGGAACCUCAAAUCAAGUACACGAUUCACGAUCGUAUCAAAAAGGUUAUGUCGGCCAAUCGAUACAGAAUUUUAACAGUGAAAAUGGAUUCAAUAAUUCACCUCUGUACACAGAAAAUGCACCGUUAGAAAAUCCGCGAAAUCGUCGUGCUGGUGCACCAAAAAGCUGCACCAAAUCAAAGCCAUUUGUAAAAAACGCGUUUAAAAAAUGUUCGUCCGGUUCGGAAAGUUGUACCGUGCAAUGUUUCAACAAUUAUCAAUUUUCAAAUGGGCAAACGAGUGUUAAAUUGAUCUGCAAUGCUGGCGAAUGGACACUUGAAAAUGUCCCGAAAACUGACAAACCCGCCUGUGAACCUAUUUGCAAUCCGCCUUGCAAAAAUGGUGGUGUUUGUACUGAACCAGCUACGUGCAAAUGUCCAGAGAAUUUCGAAGGUACUCGUUGUGAGAAAGAGAAAGAAGGUAGCUGCUCCAACGAUCCUGAAACACAACAAGCACAAGCUCAAUGCAAAUCAAAUAAUUGCACCAUUUCUUGCGAAGAAGGUCACACUUUUCCGGAUGGUUCAACGACUAUGGAAAUGACAUGCAUUAAUGGUGAAUGGUUACCAACCAAUCCCGAACAAAGUUUUGCUCCAACUUGUCAACCAAUGUGUGAAAAUGGCCGUGUAUACAAAGAAUGCAGUAAAAUGAGUGAACAAAGUUGUGGAAGUAAAGCUGAACAAGGAAGCGAAGAUGAUGAAUGUUUUGAAGGUUGUUUCUGUCCAUUUGGAACUGCUGAACAUUCAGGGCAAUGCAUUCCAAUUGAAGACUGCCCGUGCAAUGUAGACGGUAAAAUGUAUGAACCUGGAAGUGAAAUGCAAAAGGAAUGCAAUACAUGUAUGUGUGAAAAGGGUGAAUGGAAAUGCUCCAAUAAAAAGUGCGAUACAAAGCCAAAUCAAAAUGCAAGACCCAAUCAAAAUACAAAACCAAAACAAAAUGCAAAGCCAAAUCCGCCAGAUUUGGAUCCCGCGCGUUGCGAAGUGUUUGGUGAUCCACAUUAUGUAACAUUCGAUGGAAAGCGUUAUGAUUUCAUGGGCAGAUGUUCAUAUUAUCUAAUGCGAAUGGAGAGUGGCAUGGAUAUUAUUGCUGAAAACGGUGACUGCCCAUGGGGUCACAAUGAGUAUGUGUCAUGUACAAAGUCGGUGACAAUAAGUGUGCCACACAAUUAUAAUCAAAAGUCAAUGAUUCGUUUGAAACAAGGUGGACGAGUUGAAAUUGACGGUAUUGAUCAAACGCGAAAUCUUCCGAUCGAUGUGUUGGGUGGUCUUAUGCAAAUUUGGCCCGUUAGUCCAAUGGCACGUCAGGUGGUUUGCAACGAUGGAUUACAAAUUCUAUGGGAUGGUUACACGUAUGCUUACAUUGAUGCGCCCGCCUUAUAUAGCAACAAAACGAACGGUCUUUGUGGAAAUUUUGAUAAUAAUCCAGAAAAUGAUUUUAUGACACCCGAAGGCGAUGCAGAAGUACUACCCGAAUCAUUUGGCGAAAAAUGGCGCGUUAAAGAAAUCUGUGAUGCUGGAAAAGAAAAGAAAACUACUCCACAUCCAUGUCAACUUAAUGUUAAAAAUCAACAGCCAGCACUUCAAGUGUGUCAAAUGUUGAGAAGUAAACUUUUUGCGGCUUGUCAUCAGCUCGUCGAUCCAGAACCAUAUCACAAAAAUUGCUUGUAUGAUAUGUGCGCGUGUCAAGGCGACGCCGCACAAUGUAAAUGCACAAUCUUCUCGGCGUAUGCAAAUGAAUGCAGUCGACGUGGCAAGACAAUCAAUUGGAGACAAUCGAUUAAAGAAUGCGCUGUUAAAUGUCCUGAUGAUCAAAUAUUCGACGAAUGCUCUGAUCGUUGUCAUCUUAGUUGUGCUGAUUUACAAUCAACAACAAAAAAUUGUACAAAUGAUUGUACGCCUGGUUGUCGUUGUCCAGAUGGAAAAGCAUUUGAUGAAAAUAAUAAAUGCAUUCCGAGAGAACAAUGUGUUGAAGCAACCGAACCGAGUGUAACAACAGAAGGAACAGAACCGACAACUAAAGCAUCGAAACCAAAUCGAACAACAAAACCAACCCAAAAGCCUAUCAGAACAACUAGACCUACUAAAGUACCACAAACCACGAAACCAACUCAAAAAACAAUGAAAUCCACCUUAAGACCAGAUUCCUUGACGGAACCAAUAAAUACAACGGAAGCGACUGAACCAGCAGAAACAACUGAUGCCACAACUGAUGCGACUGAACCAAACGAAAUGACAACGUACGCAGCAGAAACAACCGAACCCACCGAAGUAGAUAGCACUGAAACAACCGAGUCUGAAAACACUCAAACAACUGAUCCAAAUGAAACCACCGAAAUUCCCGAAAAGGCAGAUGAAGUUGAAUCUUUACCAAAGAAAAAAGAAAAUUCAAAAAUGCAAUGUGAAAACAAAGGAAAAAAAUAUAAAAACGGCGAUCAUAUCAAAAAUGGAUGUAAUGAUUGCGUGUGUUUCGAAGGGGAACUAUUUUGCAAAAAUCGAUGUGAAACAAACAAUGAUAAGGAUCAUGUCAAUAAUCAAGAUGCCAGCGUUGAACAAGACUCAAAUGUGGACCAGGAUCAAACUUCAAACCUCAACCAAAAACCAAACACCAAGAAAGAUACAGAACCAGACUAUCCAAAACAAAGUGCAAAGAAGCCACGAAAUAAUCAAAUUCAACAAAAUCCGGACUCUGAUUGCCAAAUAGUUCCAUUAAAUGAAUCGGAAACCAUUGGUAUAAUAGACAUUGUAUUGGAGCCAUUUGGGAGAUGUGUUAAUAUUGAACCAAUCACUGGAUUUGCUGAAUGCAGCGGCGCGUGUAAAUCAUCAACCACAUUCAAUCGAAGAACAUUAAAACACGAUGAAAAUUGUGGAUGUUGUUCAAUAUCAAAGAUUGAAAAGGUACCUUUGUCGCUUAGAUGUGACGAUGGUUCAGAACAAAGAGCUUUGGUACCCAUACCAAGAGAGUGUGCAUGUGGAACGUCUUGUGGGGCAGACAAAGUUGAAGAAACCUACUACAGAAACAGAAAUAUAGAACCAAUUGAAAAUUCAGCAGAAACAGAGAAUCAACAAAAUGUCAACAAUGCAUUGGGAUGGCUAUUUAAUGCACCACGCACUUUUAGAAUUAAUUUACGUCACAGGGAAAUCUAAAGCCAAAACUCUUUUUGAUGAAAAAAUGUAGCUGGUAAAAUAAUUGUAAUAAUUGCAUAUUUCAUUUUGAACAUUUAUAUGAAGCAAAUGUUAAUCCACGUUCAUUGAAAUAGUCUCUUUAUGAAAGUAAAGAGAAUUUGGUUUUAAAUGAUAUUUGCUCAUUCGUUAUUCAACUGAGUAAAAUAAUGUUUGAGCGAUGAGUGAAAGUUGGCUAGAUGGAGUUUUAUCCAAUUUAAUAGUAUGUUGAAGUGGAGGAAGCCAUAAAAAUCUUUCAACCAGAACUCAAUAAAGAAUAUGAAAGCAAAGCAAUAAAUUUCAUUCACAUCCGCGAAA